UGUGCCCACUCGUUUCCCCUCCUCUCAUCUACCACCAAACACACAAUGGCUUCGGGUUUUGGUCUCAAUGGCGGUCCCUCCCGCUGCUACAACUUCUGGCAGGAGGUCCUCGGCUGCUACGUUGUCAACGCCGGCGACGGUGAAACCGGCAAGAAGAAGUGUAUGCCCGCUUUGGAGGAUUACUACGAGUGCCUGCACCACAGAAAAGAGGCUUUGCGAACAAUGAAGAUGCAGGCCGCCUACCGGAAGGCCGAAGCCGCACACCCCCGGGAGAACGCGCCCAAGGCCGAGCAGAUUCGCAGUUUGGGGCUGCUAGGGAAGGAAGAAGAGGCAUCGGCUUUUCUAACGAAGGCUUAAGGGGAUUUUGUGCACACUAGGGGUGCGGUUCUGUUUUCGUUGUUUUUACUACCACCACCAAUGUCGUGUUGUUAUUUCCUACUUGGAGUCCCUCAGUGUAUAGAAAUGGACAAGUCUAUUUGAUGCGCGCCGUUUCGACGAUCAUCGCAGUGUGUGAUGUCUGCUAGGAAUGCUGCGAAUCACCGCAACCCCGUGUUCCGGGACGACACGAAGAUCGCUUUGACUGCUACUAUUUAUUUCACUAUGUCGACUCGAUUUCCAUAGAU